AUGGUAUUCGGUCGUAUCACCCACAUCGCCUUUGAUGCUGUCCUCAUCUCCGCCUUCCUCGCUGGCGUAAAGCGCUCAACGGGCCUCACCCCCAGUCUUAGCGCCGACAAAAUUACCGAUAGCAAGGAUAUCAAGAACUGGAUUAAUAAAUACCUGGGCGUUGGCGAGUGGGUUAUGGAUCAGUCGAUUGCGGUGCUGAGCUCGACGAGCUAUUUUGAGAGGAAGCGAUGA